AUGGGCGCUCAAGAUGCCAAUGUGCCCGCCAAACUAUAUAGCACAGGUGAGCACACAAUAAUUGAUGAUCUUCCAUACACGCUACAGGGCAUAGAAACUGAGCAUCACAAGUGGAUAGAGGCGGAAUGCGCUCUGUUGCUACCUGUUCUCGGGCUGCCAUUACUCAAGACCGCACACAGCUUGGCAGAGCCAGCAAUCCUGUCCAAAUGGCUUCGAAGUGUGGUUUCGCAGCCCCCUAAUGGGUUGGUGACCCAAGCACUGUUUAAUUCUAUUGAUGAAGAACUUCAGCAGUAUCUUAUAUUUAUUGGAGCAGUUGAAAAACGCGUCAGAGCGCGAACUGACAUUACUCUUAGCGACUGCGUGGUUAUGUUGCAGCAGCCGGUUUUGGCGCUCAGACUUUUGUAUACGAUCGUGCUGGAGUGCCAAACCUUGGUUGGUGGGCAGAUUAUGUCCCUUUUGCACCGGUACACAAGGCACGGGAACCAGUUUGUUUCUAGCUUUUGCCAAAGACUACUUGACAAGGCUACGGUACCCUUUGACGACUUUUUGAGUAACUGGGUGGGAUCUGGAACAUUGAACGAUCCAUACGGUGAGUUUUUUGUUCAAGUCGCGGAUGUCCAUUCGAGGUGGUCUGGUCGAUUCGAUUUCCUGGCGCAACUUGUUCCCGAGUCGAUGAAGCAAACAGAUGCCAAACGGGCAUUCGAUGUUGGCAAAGCACUUUACUUUUUACGGAGCCUGUGUAAUGAUGAUAGGUUCAUUGUGCAACGCGAGUCCAAAGAUGCGAAAGGCGAAACGCUGAUCAACCAGAACUUCAACAGCGUCAUUGAGCAUGUCAACAAUCAGUUAGCGACCAAGUUCCAAUUGAGCAUCCAUUUACAAGCCUUGAAGGACUACAUGUUACUGAACAAAGGAGAUUUUGUGGAGAAUCUAUUGCGAGAAUGUGGAGAGCUCCUGGCCCAACCGGCCGAGAAUCUUGUUCGGCAUCAGCUAACCACGGCUUUGGAAACUGCCAUCUAUACGUCUAAUGCUCAGUUCGAUCCUCCACAAGUUUUAAAACAGCUGGAUGCUCGAAUGCUGGGGUUGGGCGAAAUGGCCUGGCAAGUUUUCACCAUCCACUACCAAGUUCCGUCACCUCUGGAUGUGAUUGUUGACGAAAGAGCUAUGCGAACGUAUCUGCAAAUAUUCAAUUUUUUGUGGCGAGUCCGCUAUGCAUCGUUUGCGCUGUCUAAUAUUUGGCGCAGCAGAAUCAUGUCUGCUCGCGGCAGCCUGAAGGCGCUCAUUGUCGAACAAGGAAUCCAAGAAGAAUGGCAAUCGGUGGUCGAUGGAUGGCAAAUAAUGACGCAGUUCGUCAAUGAGCUCCAGCUGUAUAUCUAUACCGAAGUCAUACAAGGAGCAUGGAAAACCAUGAACGCCAAACUAGCAAAGCUGGCUACGCUGGACGAAAUCAUCAAAGCCCAUCGAGACUAUCUCGAGAUCAUCAAAAGCCGGAUCAUGUUUGGGGCCGGAGAGACCGUAAUUGAGCUUCAAGAGCUUUUGAACGGCGUCUUGGAGUUCUGCAGGUCGGCCGCCAACAUGCAUAUUUAUAUUUCUCACCGCCAGGUCGACCGCCAACGCGAGGCAUUCACUGCUAUCUACGACCAAGUUCUACAAAGCCAGGCGCAGUUUGUUAGCCAGGCAGAAAAGCUCUUGAUGAAACUGGAUCAAGAUAAUCAGUCGUUUUCAACCAGGUUGAAUUUUAAUAGUUAUUAUCAGUUAUAA